AUGGAUUGCGAUUUAAUAUCUUCUUUUACACAAACAAAGUAUUUUGAUGAAGACAAUAAGUAUGAAGAUGAUGACAUAAAUUGGAUUGAUCAAUUACUAUUAAAUCGAAUUAAUAAAACUCCGACAGAACAUGAUUUAAAGGUAUUGAAGAAUUUAUUAAAUCGAGAUGUUCUAUGUCAAGAUUUAUACAAUAAAUAUAUCAAUCAUUAUAUUCCAUUGAAUAAUAUUUAUCGAACAAUUAUUGGUAUACUGAGUGCACGAAAAUGUAUGAAAUAUGAGACAAAUCCAUAUUAUCCCCAAUUUGAUCAAUUUGAUGAUUGUAUUUCGAAAUGUUAUUCAUCGUAUGGUUAUACUAAUCAUAAUACAGAUAGUAGAUAUGUGAAAUUUGGUGAUAUAAUUCACAUAAGUUUAGAAAAUAUCCAUUAUUUACCAUUAGAUAUGAAUAAUAUGAAUGAUUUUCAAAACUACACAUACAAAUUUACGAAAAUUCCAAAACCAAUGUCAUGGUCAGGAGCCUUAUUUGAAGAUGGUGAUGCUAUUCUUUCUUCAUUACAAGUGGGUAAUAUGGUGAGAUGUUGUUUUGAAAAGAUACCAAUCAAUGGUAAUCAAACUGACUGUGGUGGUGGUGCAUGGUAUUUUGAUAUUAUACAAAUUAUUGAUAACACUCCACAUCAAGUGGCGCAAGAAAUGACAUUUUCUGUAGGAAUGAGUCGUGACUUAAUUAAGAAUAAUCUUUUUAACAUAGCAGAAUCAUCACAGUUAAUCAAGCAGUUGUUAAAAUCAAAUAGCUUAUCUGAAUCAGAAAGACUCAUUGUUGAUGAAUCCAGCGAGGACGAAGCCGAUGAAGAUGAAGAAUUAGAUGAUGUCGUAUAUGAUAAUGAUUUAUUGGAAGACAACGGUAAUUCAACACCUACCUUUGAAAAUUUACAACUUACAUCUUACUCAGGUAUAUAUUAG